AUGGCGUUCCACAAACAGUCUAUCCAGCAGUCCCUAGGGCCGCUGCUGGUUAAGCUCACUGAUCCGGACCCAGAUAUCCGUUACAUGUCCCUGAACGAUCUGCUGUCUCUUAUUGAAGGCUGCAACCCCCCCUACUUCUCACAGGACUUCUCAGCAUGUAACCGGAUAGUGCAGGGGCUGCUCAAGUCCCUGGAGGACCAGAACGGAGAAGUACAGAAUGUAGCUCUGAAAUGUAUAGGGCCUCUGGCUACGCGCUUACCAUCCGAUAUUCUCUCUCCUUUCAUCGACAAGCUUGCCCUUCUCACGAGCUCCCAAGCCAUCGACACAUCUGUGCCAAACACAGCACUUCGGAUGAUCCUGGCUGCCCUUCCAAGACCUAAUAUCAAUCUUAUCAAUUCGAGAGAGGUACAGGCAAGCUACGAGGCUGUGUCUAUGGUCUUGAUUCCACGCUUGAUUGGUACGCCGACGAAGGGGAAACUGCCGACUGCUGCACCCGGGAUGAUCGUGAAUGACCCUGCGAAGGGCUUCAGCAGUGAUGCCAUCGAUGUGUUGAUCGAUGUAGUGCGGUCUUAUGGACCCAUGCUAAAUGACGAAGAGCUGUUCGAGCUCCUCCAGACCGUUCUACGCGUUAUUGAAAACGAUCACGCCGGAACGGUGGUAACCAAGCGUGCUCUUACAGCCAUCUCAAUGCUGUCAAUCCACUUGUCUGAUGCUCAACUAAGUGGCUUUGUUUCCGGCCUUAUUGAAAGCUUCAAAUCUUCACAUCUUACUAUCAACCGUCGCCGCCAUUUGAUUGCUGCCAUUUCUGCCAUGGCAAGGUCUACGCCAGCGAAGUUUGGCCCGUAUUUGAAAACAUUGGCGCCUUUUGUGCUUUCAGCUGUUAGCGAGAAAGAGAUGAACGAGAUGGAUGAUGAAAUGUCGGACGAUGGCGAGCAUGACCCCAAACAGGAUGAGCUGCGUGAGACCGCACUGGUGUCCCUUGACACCCUGUUAGGAUACUGUGGAUCCGAAAUGCAGCCAUAUCUUAACGAUUGUAUCGCGGCUGCUUUGAGAUAUCUCAAGUAUGACCCGAACGUUGCGGAGAUGGAAGAAGACGAAGAAAUGGGUGGCACUCAAGACGAAAGCAGUGACGAUGGAGCCACAGAAGAGCCCGAUGACGAUAAUGAUGCAUUUGAUGACUUUGAGGAAGAAGAAGGCUACAGCGAUAUUGAUGACCUGAGCUGGAAAGUCCGCAGAUGCUCUGCUAAAGUUCUAUACACCAUUGUGUCAACCCAGGGCCGGAAUACCCGAGCUGUUGAAGACGGUUCAAUAUAUCAGAAAAUAGCGCCUGCACUUCUUUCAAGAUUCACGAAGGAAAGAGAGGAGAGCGUUAAGGUCGAGGUUGUGGCGACGAUGACGGGUCUAGUUCGAAAGACGAGCGACCUUGCUACCGGCCCUAACCUGUUUUACUCUGAUCCAUUCUCUCAUGCCCGUUCAUCUCGAAAGAGAAGACGGCAAGAUAGCAACGCUACUGUGAUCGACCUUGAGUCUGACUUCCCCCCACCUGCAACUUUGGAUACCCCUAUUGCUAAACCCUCAACUCCUCAGCCUGGUCCACAGACUGACCUCGCAGACCUGACUCCAGGUAUCGUGCAGGCGUUGACCAAAUUAUGGAAAGGCGCCCCAAUACCCCUUAAACAAGGCGCUAUCCUACUGCUAAAAGCUCUUGCUCUUGUUCGUUAUGGUGGCCUGGCAGACUAUUUGCAGAGAAUCGAAGACCCUAUUGCUGAUGCCUUGAAGACCUCUGGCCUGUCCGGUGGUGUAACUGUUUCUGCUGGAUCAAACUCAGUCAGCGCAGGAAACCUUCAGGUUGAGGCAUUGGGGUUAAUUGCUGCAAUUUCCGAGACUCAUCCCUCGAGCUCUCUCUCCCCAUUCUUAAUUGCUCUGAUACCCGGAGUUGUCGCCUGUGUGAAUAACAGAGACUUUAAAGUCUCUAGUGAAGCACUUGGCGCAAUUGAACAGGUUGUGGUGGCUCUGACGCCCCCACGAGCCUCCGUGGAUGAUCGUGACUUGGGUUUGCAACUAGAGAAACUGUACGAUAUCGUUGUGGAGAAGGUUACCGAUAAUAGCACAGACUUGGGAGUCCGGCAGCGAGGCAUUCAUGUUCUAGGGGUAAUGCUAAGCCGCACAUCUGGGCCUGAAGGACGCAGAUUCAUCUCUCUAGACCAGAGACAAAAGGCACUUUCGGUUCUCCUCGAACGACUAAAGAAUGAGACUACAAGAGUCGCGGCGGCUCGUGCCGUAGACGAUAUUGCAUUGCUUGCUCGCCAAAGCGAUGACGUGGAUGCAUCCUGGAUUGGACAAGUCACACUUGAGCUUGCAGCCCAGCUUAGAAAGGUUGAUCGCACUUUACGGGACGUUUGCCUGGGAGCUCUGAAGAGUAUCGCAAUGAACUCUCAGACCAGGCAAUAUCUCGAUCAGCAAACGAUGGAUGGCCUCCGAGUCGCCAUUUCACCCCUUAUUUCUGCGGACGAUUUGCACCUGCUGACACCGGCAGUAGUUAUAUUGGCAAAACUUCUACCCCAUUACGGCCCAGAUCUUCUCAAUGACAACAUUAUUACCCAGCUUUGUUCUGCCGUUCAAGGAACCCUGACAGGAACGGCGCUGAAAGCAUACAUCCUCCUUGUCCGUGUCAUUGGUGAACAGGGAGCAGGUGCAAAACUCAUGAAAGCCUUGUUACAAACCGUUGGUGUCAAUGGGGAUUCAGCCGUGGUCGGCAAGGCAAUUGGAACUCUCCUGGUCUAUAGUGGGCAAAAUGUUGGUGUUACAACCGAAGACUUCCUCGUUGAGCUUAAGACAGCCCAAGACAACCAACGCAAAUGCCUUGCCUUGGCCAUCCUGGGUGAAAUUGGUCUUAGAAUGGGAGCCAAAUCUCCCCUUGACCCUCAGCUGUUCAUCACAAACUUCAAUUCUCCGUCAGACAAAGUCCGGCUUGCAGCGGCUGUUGCCCUUGGAAAUGCGGGAGCUAGCAAUGUGGAUGCUUACUUGCCCGUCAUUCUAGAAGGGCUGGAGAAAUCUAGGUCUUCCAAAUAUCUACUUUUACACUCACUCAAAGAAAUCCUUCAGCAUCCGGAAGAUGUCAAAACCCAUGUUGCCCCAUUCGCAACUCGGCUAUGGCAGAUAUUAUUAUCAGCUUCUGAUGACGAAGAUAACCGCACCGUUGGCGCUGAAUGUAUUGGGCGCCUAUCCUUGAUUGACCCGGCAACGUACAUUCCACAGCUACAGGAAUACCUGUCCCAUCCCAAUGCUACCAUCAGAGGCACCGUUAUCUCUGCAUUCCGUUACACUCUUGCUGAUUCUAGCAACGCUUAUAAUGAGACACUCCGUCCACUUAUUGUUCCCGUUUUGGUCACAAUACUUAAUGAUAGCGAUCUGGCCAAUCACCGCCUGGCCUUGACAACCCUUAACUCCGCAAUUCACAACAAGACAGCCCUUGUCCUACCACAUCUACCCCAGCUGCUACCUGCAGUUAUGGGAGACACCAACUUGAAGCCGGAGCUUGUUCGGGAAGUGCAGAUGGGACCCUUUAAACACAAAGUUGACGACGGUCUGGAACUUCGCAAGAGCGCAUACGAAACUAUUUACACAUGCCUUGACGUUGCAUUCUCCACCGUCAACCUUUCUGAAGUCUACGACAGGAUUAUUGCAGGUAUCGAAGACGAACAGGACAUCAGAACUCUGUGCACACUCAUGAUUUCCAAGUUGAUGACUUUGGCGCCGGAAGAAACGCUUGCUCGGCUGGAUGCGUUUAGUAACUCAUUCCGAGUUGUGCUGUCUGUCAAACCCAAGGAAUCAGCUGUUAAGCAGGAGCUGGAGAAGGCGCAGGAGGCAUCUGUAGGCGUGUUGAAGGUUAGCCGGGAGUUACAGAUGGCGUUCCCUGCCGCAGAGGCGUCUAAUGACCACCAUUCUUGGAAGAGCUAUGUGGAAUGGAUUUCCAGGGAGUUCAGCCAGCUUCUACGCUCUAUCAGUUAA